CGCAGAUCUGGUAAUUCGGAGAUCGAUUAAGGGGCAUUUUGGUAAUGCUGUGUUCAACGGCGAACGCACUGCUGGCUGCACUCUUAUAGCCGCUCCCCUUGGUCUCGUCUGCCGUGAACGCUUGCCCCAAUCGUUGAUUUGGGAUCUCGCUCCCCUCAACCCGUUCGGACUUGUCUUGGCAAAUUUGAAUACUGUGCUGUGAUUCAACUCAAUUAAUGCCUGGAUAAAGCAUCCUGAGAGCUAAUCUUUAAAGUGAAGAAACCUACAUAUUGUCCAGCAAUGGCAACCAAUGAGAAUCUUCCACCAAAUGUCAUCAAACAGCUAGCAAGGGAACUCAAGAACCUAGAUGAAUCACCUCCGGAAGGAAUAAAAGUGGUUGUAAAUGAUGAUGACUUUACUACUAUUUUUGCUGAUAUUGAGGGUCCUGCUGGAACACCAUAUGAGAACGGUACAUUCCGCAUGAAGCUAUUGUUGUCUCAUGACUUCCCCCAGUCACCUCCAAAAGGCUACUUCCUAACCAAAAUAUUUCAUCCAAACAUUGCGACAAAUGGUGAAAUUUGUGUCAACACACUGAAGAAGGAUUGGAAUCCAAGUCUUGGACUAAGACAUGUUCUGAUUGUGGUAAGAUGCCUGCUGAUCGAACCAUUUCCCGAGUCUGCCCUGAAUGAACAAGCUGGAAAAAUGUUGCUUGAAAACUAUGAGGAGUACGCGAAGCAUGCAAGGUUAUACACUGGAAUUCAUGCCCUUAAACCAAAACCCAAGUGCCAGCCGGGCAUCUCUGAGUCUACUACAGCUCUGAAUGUGGAUCAAGCGAACGUGGUUUCUGGUGAUCAAAUGCCACUGCUUACUGCACCAUCAACUGUGCCCACAGAAGUACCGGCGCAAAAUGCUCGAGAUGAGAAUGCUGUUCCCGUUCUUCCAACAGAAAGUGCCACUGUUGGAGCAUCAGCAGCUCAAAAGACGGAAGGGAUGGUUGCUGUAAAAGCUCAGGUAGAUAGACGAAAGAUGGAUGCAAGGAAGAAAAGUUUGAAGAGAUUAUAGUGCUGCUAAAGGAAGAAAUCAUGUAGUCAGCUUGAGUAAUCAAUUAGAGCAUCUGAGAGAACACCUUUGGAGCACAAUAAUUGAAGCAUCAUAUGAACCAAGGUGGAGAGGAGAGGGUGCGUGUAUCUUUCAUGUCAUUCUUUUCAUGCGUUACCUUGUGCAACAGAGUUCCAUCAAAUUUGCUGAUUCUUGAAUCUUGA